AUCCCCGGACAGUCGGUAUCGCGCGUGCUCUCUAGUUUACAAGAUGCUACCCACACGUCUUUCAACAGCAGCAUGAAUUCUGAUGCAUGCACGGCGUUCCUGCUGAAUCGUUUUGGCGGUACCGGUGACACGGGCUAUUCAAUCGAUGGUUCAAACGCUUCUGAUGGUCACUCUCCUUUGUCUGGCACUUCUAAUACAAAUCCAUUAGAUCGGUUGCUUUCCAUUCCUCCCCAUUCGUUCAGCUCGCUUCUCCCAUCCUCCCUGCCCUCAGCUGCACAAUCAGCUUUUCAGUCUCAUACAGUGGCCAAUGCGAGCCUGAAUCAACCUCCCGUGGAUUCUGCUAGUUCUUUGGGUCGGGAUAUGCCUGGUCUCGGAACGGAGGAUAAACUGAAUUCCCUAAAUCCACUUCGCUCUGCUUUUGCCACAUCGCAUUAUUACUCGAACCAACAACUGGAAAAUACCCGACAACUGCAGUCUUCGGGCAGUUUAAAAACCGCAGCUUGGAUUCUAGUUCCUCCCGUGCCAGAAACUACCGCGGCCCACAUGCGAACCGGUCGAGUACAUGAGCUGAAGUCACGUGCUUGCAGUGAUCGCGUGUUCAACCCGUCCUAUAUGGACCGUGAGUUGAAACAGGUCCUUCACAACAAAAUUCAAGCUUGCCUUUUCACAAUCGACGAAACCAUUGCCGAAACUUGGUCCCCGCGUUUCAAUCGUCCCAUGCUCCUUCGCAGAGUUGUGUUACCUGAAACACAGGAGGCUGCUUUGUCUCCAGAUGCAUACUACUUGGCCAAGCAGCUAGCCGAUCUGGACCAUCCGGGUAUCGUUGGUUUUCGCGACAUCUUCUUUACCAAUGCAUUUGACGAUAAUUCUGCGGUCGUUGUAUACGAGUUUAUUCCGUGUUCGUCGACGCUUCAACAGACCCAUAUGAGUGAUCCGAUGAAAUUGACCAGUUUUAGUUCACCCUUCAAUGUGAGUCGUACCGUGCGACCACACAGUUCACUCAAAAGCGCUCCGUCAGACCUCGGCAUGCUUCCGGAAACCACAGUGUGGUCUUAUCUGGUGCAGUUGACUCAUGCCUUACGAUUUAUUCACCAACAAGUGCAUCGAGCGUGUGGCAUUCUCGAUCCGACCAAAGUUCUCAUCCAAGACGGGACUAGACUUCGAAUCAAUUGCUUCGGGUUGAAGGACAUUCUGUUUCACGGCGCUCAAGAUCCAAAUGUAGCAGAGGAUCAGGCUGCGGACUUUGUUCAGUUGGGAAAACUCAUUCUCGGUGUAGCUUGUGGAACAGCUGAGGCAAUACAGACCAGCCAACGUGCCACAUCAUUCAACCUGCUUCAGCGAACUUAUCGACCUGAACUGGUUACUCUAAUUCGCAGUCUUAUCUCUGGGCAGAUAACUGGUGUGGAUCAGUUGACCAGAGCAACCGCUCCGUUUGCUUACGACCAGCUGACUCGUGUGACAGAUCAUUCCGAUUUCCUCGAGCGUCAAUUGUUUCUGGGAAUGGAAUGUGACCGCCUGUUUCGUUUGGUGACGAAAUUAUUGUCGAUAGUUGAACGGACGGAUUUCUCUUUUUUCGUUCAUUCACCUAACAAUCUAUCCAUUGUCAGUCGCAGUUCCGCCAGUCCGGACUGGUCGGAAACCGGUGACCGGUACAUGCUGAAAUUGUUCCGAGAUUUCUUGUUUCACCAAACCGAUCAACUUGGCGCACCCUACUUGGAUCUGGCUCAUGUGAUAAGCGCCCUGAAUAAGGUUGAAGCCGGGUCCACAGAACGUCUGUGUUUGGUCAGCCGUGAUAGUCAGAACGUGAUCAUAGUAACCUAUGCGGAAGUGAAGCAUUGGCUAGAUUCCAGUUUUAAUCAUUUGGUUGAACGACAUCGUCAGAGCCGAUGUGAUUUGCAGAUAGCUCAACAACGGGACGCAAGGCAACAACAACAACAGCAGCAGCAGCAGCAACAAGCUGCGAGUAACAACCCCGAACAAACCGAUCCUGGGGUAUCCGAUCGUAGAAUUGAUGGCGAUCCAACAAAUGAACAAUGA